ACGGGGACAGGGGACACGGGGACAGCGGAGGCUCGGCAUGGCGCACUACGCGAGGGGCUCGGCCGUGGCCGUCAUCCGGCUCUGCAACCCGCCGGUCAACGCGCUCAGUCUGGCAGUUCUCCAGACUUUAGAGGAUGGCCUGAAGAAAGCUGAUGCAGAUCCCUCAGUGAAAGCUGUUAUGAUUUGUGGUGAAAAUGGGAAAUUCAGUGCAGGAGCUGACAUCCGAGGCUUUUCCACCCCGCAGCGCCACCCAGGCAUUGGCCUGGCCCCCAUCGUGUCUCUCAUCGAAAGCAGCGAGAAGCCAGUGGUGGCAGCCAUCGAGGGCGUSGCCUUGGGAGGAGGACUGGAGGUGGCUCUGGGCUGUCACUACCGCGUUGCACACGUGAAGGCUCGGAUGGGUUUUCCAGAGGUCACCAUUGGGUURCUUCCAGGUGCUGAAGGCACUCAGCGACUCCCGAGACUGAUUGGAGUACCCGCUGCUCUGGAUAUGAUCACGACAGGAAAACACAUUCCAGCAACUGAAGCACUGAAGCUGGGCUUGGUUGAUGAAAUUGCGGAAGAAAAYACCAUUGAGGCAGCAAUCCGUUUGGCAAACAAAGUGAUUGGUCAGCCCUUGGCACCCCGCAGGCUCAGCCUGAAGCCAGUUCCCAGCCUGCCCAACAUGGAAGCGUUUCUGCGGGAAGCUCUGGUGAAGGUGAAGAAGCAGGCGCGGGGGUGCCUGGCUCCGGAGCUGUGCUUCCAGGCCGUGCGAGCCGCCAGCGAGCGGCCCUUCGCCGAGGGGCUGCGGAGAGAGCGGGAGCUGUUCCAGUUGCUGCUGAGCUCGGGCCAGGCCCGGGCACUGCAAUACGCCUUCUUCGCCGAGAGAGCCGUGCGCCGGUGGGCAACGCCCGCGGGAGCCUCGUGGAGCAGCGCUACCGCACAGCCCGUGCGCUCGGCCGCCGUCAUCGGGCUGGGAACAAUGGGCCGAGGAAUUGUGACUUCUCUGGUAAAGGCCAACAUACCUGUGGUAGCCCUGGAGCAGGAUCUGGAGAAUUUGAAGAAGGGAAGAAAAGCUGUGAUGCUCCUUUUGGAACGUGAGGCUAUGAAAAUGGAGGGGGGUGCCCAGCGCCUGGAUUUCCAUAACCCUGCACGUCUGCAGUUCACUGUGGACUUUGAUCUGUUGCGUGAUGUAGACCUGGUCAUCGAGGCUGUGUUUGAGAACAUGGCUCUAAAGAAGGAAAUAUUCCACAAGCUGUCAAAGAUCUGCAAGCCAGGGGCCUUGCUGUGCACAAACACAUCAGCCCUGAACAUCAAYGAAAUCGCCUCCGCCACGAGCCGCCCACAGCAGGUCAUCGGCACCCACUUCUUCUCCCCCGCUCACGUGAUGAGGCUGCUGGAAAUCAUCUACGGCARCCACACGUCCCCCAGUGCCAUCGCCACUGCCAUGCAGCUGGCCAAAGCCCUCAACAAAAUCGGAGUGGUGGUAGGGAAUUGUUUCGGGUUUGUCGGGAACCGCAUGAUGUUCCCGUAYGUACAACAGGCAGUUUUCCUUUUAGAGGAAGGAAGCAGACCGGAAGCGGUAGAUGAGGUGCUGGAAGAUUUUGGGUUUAAGAUAGGCCCUUUCCGCAUGUCUGACCUGGCUGGGCUGGACGUGGGCUGGAGGUCUCGCCAGGGGCAGGGUCUGACGGGGCCGUCSCUCCCCGCGGGCACGCCGGCCCGGCAGCGGCACGGCCAGCGCUACAGCCCCCUGCCAGACCUGCUGUGCGAGCACGGCCGCUUCGGCCAGAAAACCGGCCACGGCUGGUACCUCUACGAGAAGSCUGGGGGCAGGACAGCCACGCCAGACCCGUGGCUCCACAGCCUCCUGGCCCGCUACCGAGACACCCAUGGCAUCAAGGCCCGUGCUAUAGACCAGGAGGAAAUCCUGGAGCGGUGCUUGUUCGCCCUCAUCAACGAGGGGUUYGCCAUCCUGGCCGAGGGAAUAGCCUCAGGCCCAGAGCACCUGGAUGUCAUUUACAUCAAUGGCUACGGGUGGCCGAGGCACAGGGGUGGCCCCAUGUUCUACGCCUCCACUGUGGGGCUGCCCCGCGUGCUGGCCAAACUCCAGCAGUACUCAGAGGUGCACCCCGACGUGCCCGGGCUGCAGCCCAGCGCUCUCCUGAGAAAGCUGGUGGCUGUGGGGAGCCCUCCGCUCCAGGAGUGGAUGUCCUACGUCAGCUGGCAGAGCCCCAAGCUGUGAUUCUCUGAUGGAGGUUGAUCUCCUGGAAUCGGUGCUUUAAUUGCACUGUCUGUGCCAAUCAAACACAAAGUGCUACGGGUCCUAAAYGAAGUCACGGCCCUUCCUGGGCCUCCACAGGGAUUAACUUUUGCUGAUGAUUGAUCUCAGUCCCCCAUCUGCUCAGGUCACCACUGCUUCCAUCCCCCCUUCCCUCUCAGCCCCAGCCCCAUCCACUCUGUUCACACACUGCAGCACAAAGGCCAUCUCCUUUUGCACUGCCUGCAGCUCAUCACAUCUCAUCCUCCUCCAGCCUGCCUUUGGGCAAGGCAGGGAGCAUCAUCCAGAGCCCACAAUGCAAAUCAUGGCAGGAGCCAAGAAAAUUGUGAUCACAGUUCACCCAAGACCUGUUGGAUCUACCAGACCCUGCUUUCAAUCUAUUUCCCAGUUUGUUCAGUUCUUUCCUGUAGGAAAAGAGGCAGCCACCUCUACUCAAUUCCUUGUCUCUCCUGCAGCCAGCCAGCUGGAACUGCUCCCUUCCUGCUGCUGGGGACAKAUGGCACAAGGGUGCAGCACCUUUCAGAGGUAAAGUCAAAUGAAGURGAGRGAGCAGGAUUGGGCAGAGAGCAAGGGGCAGUCACUUGCUAUCCCCUGGUACUGUCUCUCCUCCCUGCUGCAGUGGACACUAAUAAAUGCCAGAAAAGCCAGAUACAUCACCCUGACUAACCUGCCCUGUGGUGUUGGCACACGACUGGCUUUCUGCAUCCAGACUCCAUCCUCUGUUGUCAUUAUCCCCACCUGGYUUUGUCCAAGCAGAAACAUCUUCUGGCAUCUCUUCAGUGUGGAAAUGUGCUGCCAUCACUCCCUGCAUCUUGCUUGCCUACAGCUACCAGCUUUGAGGCUCACCAGGCUCUAAUUGACCAGACUGAAACACAGCCUGGCCCUGAGCAGGUUUUACAUGGGCCAAGGAUGUGCUGAGAAGGGCACAGCACAAGAGUCGUGCAGGCAGGGUCACUGCUGAAGGCAGCCAGGGACACUUCUGAAGGCAGCCAGGGAGGUGGCAGAUCUCUAGCAAAGGGCAGAGCAGAAGGAGAGGGAGCCACCUUGCUCAGGGCUUGAUGGUUUAGGACAAAGUCUCUCAUUUCACAUGUCUAGUGAAUGCAUCUUCCAGUCUGGCAAGGGGAAUAGGUUGGUCUCUAUUCCCUUCUCAGGGACACUGAAUGKUUAACUUUUGAUUUUAAUUUAAUAAAACUGCUUUGAUUAUCUAAUGACAGA